AUGCUCAGCUGCCGCGUGAUUCGCUGUCUCGCUAUUUGGGUUAACAAGCCAUGGCGGCAUCUGAGCUGUCAGGAUGAGGCGGAUGAAGAUGUCCAUUGUGCCCCCGCUGGGCCCGGCACCAUUGUGUCCUCGCUGGGCCCGGCACCAUUGUACCACCAUUGUGCCCCCGCUGGGCCCGGCACCAUUUACGGGGACGAGUACGACGAGGACCCCAUAUACAUCCCGUGUACAGAUCUGUACGGGCCGGAGCCCCCCGGAAACACCUUCAAGGACGGCAAGACCCCCAUCGGUAAGAUCGGCGUCGCGCCGGACAGGAAACCGCCGCCUCACAUUGAAGCACAAGCUGAAGACGUCGGCGCAGGCGGAGCGGGAGCAGCGACGCAGAGCCAGGAGGAAAGAGGCCAACGAGAGCCACCGGAGGCGUUUCCACCGCAACCUGCUGAAGGCGGGGCUUCUGUGCGAGAAGGUGAGGGCUCCUCCCCUCGGUUCCUCCAGAGGCUCCGCCUCCCCAACCCCAUGUACCAACACGUCCCCAACAAGCCGCUGGACUACUACACAUGCGCCUUCCGCCGCUCCAAACUACAGAGGUGGGUGAUUUGGAUGCGAAGGGGCGGGGCUCGGAGUGUGCAUUGUGUAAUGGACUUCCUCCGUUUGUCUCAGGGGCCCUAUGAGAUGCCGGAGUAUGAGGUGGCCCUGGAGAGCCUGAACCCUCGUCAGAUCCUCUACCAGUACUGGGCGCGGUGGUCACAAUGGUACAAAUAUCAGCCGCUGGACCACAUACGGGAGUAUUUUGGAGAAAAGGUCGCCAUAUACUUCGCCUGGCUGGGUUUCUACACGGCCUGGCUCCUCCCAGCUGCCGUUGUUGGAACCGGCGUCUUUGUUUCCGGCCUCCUGACCAUGGGGAGUAACACAGCCGCGCAGCAAGUCUGUGAGAGUGGGAGGGACUUCCUGAUGUGCCCCCUGUGUGACACGUGUAAGACGUGGUUCAUCUCGGAGACCUGCCCCAUGGCGAAGGUCGGGUAUCUCUUUGACCACCCGGGGACGGUCUUCUUCAGCAUCUUCAUGUCCUUCUGGGCCGUCUCCUUCCUGGAGUACUGGAAGAGGAAGAACGCCACCUUGGCCCAUCAUUGGGACUGCAUGGACUUCCAGGAGGAGGAGGAGCCCCCGCGGCCAGAAUUUGCGGCGACGGCUCCGCAGAUGGAGCAGAACCCGGUGACGGGGGUGAAAGAACCGUACUUCCCAAAGAAGGAUCGUCUGUCCCGAAUCAUUACCGGAUCCAUGGUGAUGGUGGUCAUGGUGAGGCUCUAGGUUCUCCUUUAAGUGGCACUUUUUUUGUAUCAAUCCUGUCUCUGCGUUCUGUAUUGCCAGGCUGGUAACAUCGCCAAUAUCAGCAGCACUGUGGUCAACCUGGUCCUCAUCCUGCUAAUGAGUCAAGUCUACACUUCGCUGGCCGAGAAACUAACCCGAUGGGAGAUGCAUCGCACCCAAUCUUUACACGAGGACGCCUUCACCUUCAAGGUUUUCAUCUUCCAGUUUGUGAACUUCUACUCUUCACCGUUCUACGUGGCCUUCUUCAAGGGGAGAUUUGUGGGAUAUCCCGGUCAUUACGGCAAGCUGCUGGGUAUGAGGAACGAGGAUUGCGGUCCAGGAGGCUGCCUCAUAGAACUGGCCCAGCAACUUUUCAUUAUAAUGGUGGGCAAGCAGAUUGUCAGCAACAUCCAGGAGAUUCUGAUCCCAAAGUUGAAGUCAUGGCGGCAGAGGCGGCAGCUGGCCAAGGUUCGCGGGACGCAGAUCUCCGAGGAACCCCAACUAUGGGAGGAAGAUUAUGAACUCAUUGAGUGUGAGGGGCUCUUCGAGGAAUACCUGGAGAUGGUCAUCCAGUUUGGCUUCAUCACCAUCUUCGUGGCUGCGUUCCCGCUGGCUCCGCUUUUCGCUCUGCUCAAUAACUGGGUGGAGAUUCGCCUGGACGCCCAGAAGUUUGUGCGCGAAUAUCGGCGGCCCGUGGCGGAGCGGGCUCAGCACAUCGGCGUCUGGUUCCAUAUCCUGGAGGCUCUGGCCCAGCUCUCCGUCAUUGUCAACGCUUUCCUCAUUGCCUUCACCUCCGACUUCCUUCCGCGGCUCCUCUACCAGUACGAAUACGACGGCAACCUGGACGGCUACCUGAACUUCACCCUGUCCUACUCCCCGCAUAGCUACGUGUCCGCCAAUCACACCCUGUGCAGGUACAAAGCCUUCCGGGACGAGGACGGCAGAUACAGCCUCUUCUACUGGAAGCUUCUGGCCGUCCGGUUGGGAUUCAUCAUUGCCUUUGAGCACGCGGUGUUCUUCAGUCUGCGCUGUAUUGAUUGGAUGGUCCCGGACAUCCCCGGGUCGGUGGAGAUCAAAGUGAAGCGGGAGCGGUACCUGGCCAAGCGGGCGCUGGCCGACAACCAGGAGGUGCUGCUGACGGUGAGUCCGGCCUCCAGCUCUCCAGCAAGCAGCGUUUCAGCCUGCGGCCUGAGUGACUGACAUUGCGGAGACGUACCCCGGCUGGCGUCCCGGCAACGGCUGGAA